AUGCCUCAGGAUAAUAGCUUAUUAAACUCGAUUUUCGCAUCAACGUCCAAAAGGAUAUUGAAUUUGAAGAGUUCAGUUUUUAAUAACAGUGAUGUGAAUGAUGAGAUCAAUGAUCAUGAAUUGGCUCAUAGAAAAGCAGAAGAAGCAGCGUUGAGGAGGAAUGAGGCAGCGGAAUGGCUAAGAGAAAUGGAUGAAGUGGCUUGUUUAACAUUGAGUAAACAACCUUCUGAGGAAGAGUUCUGUGGUGCUCUUCGGAAUGGGCUUAUUCUUUGUAAUGUUCUUAAUAGAGUUAAUCCGGGUGCUAUUCUUAAGGUGGUGGAUAAUCAUGUUCUUGAGGUUGAUUCUUUGGAGGGACAUGCACAUUCUGCUAUUCAGUAUUUUGAAAACAUGAAGAAUUUUCUUGAUGCUGUUGAGGAUAUGACUCUCUUGACCUUUGAAGCUUCUGAUUUGGAAAAGGGCGGUUCAUCAAGUAAAGUUGUGGACUGCAUUCUGUGUUUGAAAGGGUAUUAUGAAUGGAAGCUAUCAGGUGGAGUUGGGGUUUGGAGGUAUGGUGGAACUGUUAGGAUUACUUCUUUCCCCAAAGGAACUCCUUCUUCCAAUUUGGGCAGUGAAAGUGCUGAUGAGUCCCUCGAGGAAGCUCAAUCCUCGCAGUAUCAACAGUUGCUUGAAUUUCUUCAUAUGUCUCCGGAGGUUUCAAUUGAAGAAACCAAAACUGCGAGUGCUCUGGCUUUCCUGUUUGAUCACUUUGGACUCAAACUUCUCCAGGCUUUCGUCAGAGAGACCGAUGAAGCUGAUGAUCUACCACUCAAUGCAAUGGUAAUUGAUACAUUUCUGAACAAGAUAGUAAGGGAUUUCUCUGCAUUACUUGCUUCUCAAGGCACUCAGCUUGCAUUUUUCCUCAAGAAAAUAUUGAAAGGAGAUAAUGACUGUCUUUCUAAGAGAGAAUUCAUGGAAGCUAUCACAUUAUAUCUUAAUCAAAGAAGUAGUUUGGCGUCGAACGAUUUAUCUAUAUUCUGCACUUGUGGCAGAAAAUGCAGUAAUAGCACUUUCUGCACCUGUGGCGGAAAACGCGAUAAUAGCACUCAGCAUAAUGUCAAUUAUUCUACCAAACAUGCUGAAAUAAUUGAUGCUCAGCAGAAAGAACUCGAGGAAAUGAAAUACAUCUUGGAGGAGAUAAAGCAGGAGGUAAAACAGAUUCAAUAUCAAUGGGACAAAGAACAAAUCCGGCUCGAGAAUCAUAUAAAGAGCCUUGAGGUGACAUCCUCUUCCUACCACAAAGUUUUAGAGGAGAACCGCUUGCUUUACAAUCAAGUACAAGACCUCAAAGGAGCCAUUAGGGUCUAUUGUAGAGUGAGACCAUUCUUACCGGGCCAACAAUCAAACGGACAAUCGACAGUUGACUAUAUAGGAGAAGAUGGAAAUAUAAUGAUUGUGAAUCCCCUUAAGCAAGGAAAAGAUGCGAGAAAGGUAUUUUCGUUCAAUAAGGUGUUCACAACAAAUGCCACACAAGAACAAAUAUAUGUCGAUACUCAGCCAUUGGUUAGAUCUGUUUUAGAUGGCUAUAAUGCUUGCAUCUUUGCAUAUGGACAAACUGGCUCCGGGAAGACCUACACGAUGAGUGGUCCAGAUCUAAUGACUGAAGAGACAUGGGGCGUAAACUAUAGAGCUUUGCGCGACUUAUUUCAUAUAUCAAAGGAAAGAGCAGAUGCAAUCAAAUACGAAGUUAGCGUCCAGAUGAUUGAAAUAUACAAUGAACAAGUUAGAGAUUUAUUAGUCAGUGAUGGCUCUAACAGAAGAUUAGAUAUACGAAACAACUCUCAGUUGAAUGGACUUAAUGUGCCUGAUGCAUGUUUGGUUCCGGUUAGUUGUACUCAAGAUGUUCUUGAUUUAAUGAAAAUUGGUCAAAAGAACCGUGCCGUGGGUGCUACUGCUCUAAAUGAACGAAGCAGCCGUUCUCAUAGUGUGUUGACAAUUCAUGUAAGAGGAAGAGACUUAGUUUCUAAUUCAGUUCUUAAGGGUUGUCUCCAUCUCGUGGAUUUGGCUGGAAGUGAGAGAGUGGAGAAAUCUGAGGCUGUUGGAGAGAGACUAAAGGAGGCACAACAUAUUAAUAAAUCUCUUUCUGCACUUGGCGACGUUAUCUCGGCUUUGGCGCAGAAGAGUCAACAUAUUCCUUACAGAAAUAGCAAGCUUACACAAGUUUUACAAGAUUCAUUAGGUGGUCAUGCAAAGACUUUGAUGUUUGUUCACAUAAAUCCUGAACUCAAUGCCUUUGGGGAGACAAUUAGCACAUUGAAGUUUGCUGAGAGGGUUGCAUCUAUUGAACUUGGAGCUGCUAAAUCUAAUAAAGAAACCGGUGAAAUCCGAGAGCUAAAGGAAGAGAUAUCAAAUAUCAAAUUGGCAUUGGAGAGAAAGGAAACUGAAAUGGAGCAAUUGAAAUCUGGAAAUGCACGGAAUGCAACAGAAUCUCAGAAAUCAAGAGCUGUUUCACCUUUCCGUUUGCCCAAAUAUAGUACAAGUGGCGGCAUGAAGCCUGAAAUUGGUCAAAGAUCCAUUGAUGAUAGAAGCUCCGAGGCUAAAAAUUAUUCUUCGGGUAAGCAAAGAAGGUCGAGAUUUCUCUCAACAUACAUGGACAAGGACUCCAUACCGAGAAUGUCUCUUCUUUCUGAAGAAAAGUCAGUUAGCUCAGGGAAGCACAAUAGAUCACCAUCACCUCCAGUCAGAAGAUCGAUUUCCACGGAUAGAGGUUCUGUCACUAAAAGCAAGAUCAAAAUUGACAACGUAGAAAACCAACCAAUUUUGAAGCAUCUAAUUCCAGCUAGAGUACCUGUAAACAAAUCUCUUGUCACAAUGACACCAUCUACAGAACAUAACUCAAACGUCCAUCUGCAUUCACAAGAGGCGGUGAGGCACGGCAACAUUUCUGAACCUGUCUAUAAUCUUCAGAAAGUAAGCCUUAGGAAAGUUCAUCAAGAACAUGAAGAGGAACAGUUCAAACAACCAUUUGCAGUAGUAAAACAAAUUGGUGUUAGGAAAAGCAAAGCUGAUAAUAAUAAUAAGGUCAAGGCCAGACAUCUUCAACAAUCUCCUUUUAGGAUUCGGAAGACUGAUGAAAUCAUAGAGCCGCCUCGAAAGCGUGAUUACUCAGAACCAGAAAAUGAUUUUAGCUUUAUGGAGUCUACAAUCAAUAGUGCAUCAAAUGUUCAUAAGAAACGUCACGACAUUUCAAGGAAUUCUCAGAAUCUUGAAUCAAGAUGUAUUAUGCAAGGAGCUGAACCAUUGUCUUCUAGUAAAGUUGAAAACAAACUUUUAAGUGGUCGCAAUUCAUCCAUGCAUGAACUUAAAAGAAGCCGAUCUACGCCACGAGGAAAGUUUUUUGUAUUAUAA